AUGAAAAUUUAGAAAACAUUUAUUUCUAAAAAUAAAGUAAAAAAAAAUAUUGACAAAGAAAGUCACAAAAAUAAUUCAAAAAAGAAUCUCAAAAUAACAUUAACAUAAAAUAAAUUCUAAAAUCUCAACACAUAUGAACAAUUUGAAAGUUAAGAAUAACAUGAAAAUAGUAGGAAUAGUUCACUUGACCACAUUAAAUAUAAAUAUAAAAUUUUUAUUAAAAGAGCAAAAGAAAAAUGUAGGUUAGAUAAUAUCUUAUAUGAAAUUUCAAGAAUAUAAUUUAUUAUUUAACAAUAAUUUGGAGAUUAAGUUCUGCAACAGAGUUAUUAAAUGGGAGGAAAAUUGUCCAAUAACUACCUCGAUCAUUAAAAUAGUAAAGAAUCAAAUAGAUUAACUGUUAAACCUGCUAAUUCUUUAGAUAUAGAAAAUGAUUAUGCCUUAUUGGAACCUUUAGAAAUGUUAUAAAAAUAACCUUGA